GAGAACCAGGUGCCCCAAACUCCAACGGCGACCGUGGAUGCCCCCGGAAGGGCGAUGGCAGCAGCGGCAGCCCCCUCGGCCGAGCUCCAGCCCUCAGUGCCGGAGGUCAACGGCCUGCAAGAGCCCAGCCUACCUAAACGUCUGCGGGGAACUCCAGAACGCAUCGAGCUGGAGAACUACCGUCUGUCCCUGCAGAGGGAGGAGGAGCUGGAGGAGGUUCCAGAGGAGACAUUGGCAGAGCACAACCUCAGCAGUGUGCUGGACAAGGCCACAGAUGCUGAUCUGGGAUCCAGUAGCUCAGAGUCAGACAUGGAGGAGGAGGAUGAGCAAGAGGAUCAGGAUCAGGAGGAGGUGGAGGUGGAGGUGGAGCAGCAACCUACCAGCCCCUCAGACCUUGGCGGUGUUCCCUGGAAGGAGGCUGUAGUGCUCCACGCCAAACUGAGGGGCGACCAGGGCGAGGAGGGAGAGGGCGAGCCCCUGGCUGACGCAGUCAGCAGGGAAGGGGAGGAUGAGGAGGAAGAGGACGAGGAGGAGGAGGAGGAGGAUGAAGAUGAUGAGGAGUCAAGCGAUGGUAAAUCAGUCCUUCGCUCUCUGUGUGAUUACAGUGUGGUUCCUGUGAAAACUGGAAAUCUAGUAUGUCUCCUUCAAUGUAUGUUAACACCCUGUCCAGACUCCAUUUGGCCUGUUCAGAACUCCACUUGCUUUUUAUCAAAGUUUGUUUCAUGUGAAGUGUCGCUGUCUCAAACAUUGUUCUCCUCAUCCUCUGCUUCUUUCCUCCUUUUCCAUCCCCUCCUCUUCAUUCCUUCCUCCUAUGUUCACUGUGUUUGUUUGUUUGUUGUUUGUGUGCGCGUGUAUGUGUGUAUCUGUAUGCUUUUUUUUCUUUUUUCUUUUGGGCCUCUGUCUCCCCCUGCUGGCAGAGGGAGAUUACUGCCCCUGGGAUAAAGAGCUCCAGUCAGGUCUUUGGCUGGAGAAGUACCUCACAGAUGAAGAGGAUGUUGGUACAUUUAAAGGUAGCAGCAGAACUGCCUGUGGGUGUGUUUGCAGUAACUUUGAGCGUGAUAUAUAAUCCUGGCUGGUUUGGGUUUCUUUU